CCACGACCGAGGGAGGCGGGGCUACUGCUGGUGCGGCCCCAAAGCCUACCCAGUCCAAGAAGAAGAGGCCUCCCGCUGACGGCCAGAAGAAAUUGACUGAGGCCGGCCUGAACGUCACCAAGAAGACGAAGAGGGCACUGUCUCCUUCCCAGGCUACUGAGGCCGACACUCUUGCUGUCCCCAGUGUGGACGAUAGUGGUCCUGUUGUGGACCUCACUGCUACUCCUAGCGAUGCUGCCCAAUCGCUUCCUCUCGUCCAGGAGCCACGGACGAAGAGGGCCGGCAAGGAGAUUGUCGGUGCCACCUACCAGAAGAUGGUGGAAUACCCCGUCGGCGGGGGUGUUUUUGAUGACGUUGUCCUCGGCCACGAUGUGCUGGCCCAGGCCAUGCCGGCCAAAGAUAGGGCCUACCUGAAGAGGCUCGGGGAUGUGAAGGUGUACGAGGACGGGAUGGACCUCCUCGUCCAAGGUGCCUUUAUGCUCAUGGAGAGCCAUAAGAGGCAGUACCGGGAGAUAGCUCGUCUGAAAGAGCUGGAGCAGAAAGCUGCCUCGGCCGAUGAGGCGGUAGCUUGCUUGGAUCGGCUCCGGGAGGAUGCCAAGGCCUUGCAACAAAAGGCCGACGAGGCCGCCGCAGCCAGGGACGAUGCCCUGGCCAAACUCGAGGAGAGCCAAAGGGCGCUUGAGGCCGAGCGACGCAAGAACGAUGAAGCCGUGAAGGCGAAAGCUGAGGCCGAGGUUGCCGCUGUGAAGGUUGCUGAUGAGGCCGUUAAGCAGUUCCUGUCCGAGGGGUGGAAGGCCGAUGAGCGGCUCUCCUGGUGCUAUGAGGUGGUGGCCGCUAAGCUUGAAAAUUGGAGGAUGAACUCCCCCGCCGGCCAGGAGUAUUUCAGCAGGGAGAUGGCCAUGUACUAUAACAUGGGCCAGGAGCGGAUGCAGAGGCUCCUGUGUCGGCGGCUGUCUCGUGCUCUUAAGGCCAUGAACUAUACUUCCGGGUGGGCUAGACGGAACUUGAAGCUUCCCAAGCUGAUGAAAGAUCCCGAAGAGCAGGCCAAGCUUCCUCUGUCGGAGCGGGAGUCCCCCAUUGAGAGUUCCGGCCUCGGCGAGCCGGAUUACACGGAGUUUGACUUCCUGGACGACGCUACCAGUUAUGCGGCUGCCGCCGGCCAGGAGACUGAGGCCGAGGAGGGAGGCGAAGACGUCGAAGAGCCAGCCGAAGA